UCCCAGCCUUGCAGACAGUACUCUGCUCUCUCACCAGCAACACACGAUGAUGCAAUUACGGACUUUAAUUUUGACGUCUGUUAUGCUCCCAUGGAUACUGUCUUCUGCGGCAAAAGAUGAAUACAUGGAAGUAAGAAAACCAAAGAAAGACAUUGUAAACUUUCCAGACUAUGCUACCCCUCAAGACCGGGACACUGACCCAGCAGUAGCUCCUAAAGCCGAUGAGCUGCCGACAUGUCUGCUGUGCGUUUGCCUGAGUGGAUCGGUUUACUGUGAGGAGGUGUCCCCUGAAAUGUCGACUGUGCCCGCACUGCCAAAGGAAACCGCAUAUCUCUAUGCACGUUUCAACAAAAUCACAAAAAUAAGCAACAGAGACUUUGCAGACAUGGCCACAUUAAGAAGAAUUGACCUAAGUGGGAAUCUCAUCGCUGAGAUAGACGAUGGAGCUUUUUCAAAGCUUCCCAAUCUCGAGGAGCUCAUUCUUGCAGAAAACAGACUAACUAAACUUCCCAUUCUUCCCACCACACUAGUAUCAUUGAAUGCAAAUUUCAACAAGCUUAGAACCCAGGGUGUGAAGGCAACUGCUUUUAAAAAACUUACAAGACUGGCAUAUCUUUACCUCGGAAACAAUGAACUGACAGCAGUGCCCCAACUUCCAGAGUCACUUCAUGUUGUGCACCUGCAUAACAACAAGAUCUUAUCAAUAACAGAUGAGACGUUCUGCAAAGGAAACACCAGCUACUACAUCCGGACCAACAUGGACGAGGUGAGACUGGAUGGGAACCCCGUCAUGCUGUCCAAGCACCCUAACAGCUUCAUCUGUCUGCACUCCCUCCCUAUCGGAUGGUACAACUGAGAUACCAAAAGCAUGCACUUGUCAGAGAUAAACCUUGGAGGGGAAGUAUUGUGUAAAAUGAAGGAUGCAGAUACACAGCUAAUACAAAUAACAUUUGCAAAAUAUAGUUAUUACAUUACAUUUUAUAUUCUCAAAUUCACUGUAUAUUUCAGGCCUCUUAUAGAAAUCGUACAAUUACAUUUUGUGUCUUAUCAAAUGCUAUCCACCAGUAUUAAACACACCUGUGCAAAAUCAUCCAAGAUGUCCAAACACAAAGAACCUUUGUAUUUUUUUCUUUUGUAACAAUUUGGCUGAGACUGUUUUGUCUUGGCAGAUGUUUUUAACAUUCCACAUCAACGUAGACUCUGUAAAAUCAAUAUAAGGCCAGUGUUGAGAUUUUUUCACUGGAUUUCACACCAGUAAUAUUAUUACUGCUCAUGUUUCUUAAACUGAAUACCAUAUUAACAAUAAAUCCUGCAUGCUGGAAGUGAUUUUUC